GAGGUUGUAUGGUGAAGUCAACGCCGAGGCGGUGCGGGCAUCGCGGCGGGGCGGUGGGCAGGCUUCGGCCCGCUGAUGCGCUUGCGCGGGGCUAGAUUCUCUGCCUUUUGGGGAGCGUGGAGAUGGCGGCGGUUGGGGGACCUUCGCCGGAGCCGGCGGCUUCAGAACAGCCGGCGGAGCUCCCUGCAUCGGUGCGGGCGAGCAUAGAGCGGAAGCGGCAGCGGGCGCUGAUGCUGCGCCAGGCCCGGCUGGCGGCCCGGCCCUACCCGGCGACGGCGGCUGCGGCUACCGGAGGCGUGGCUAAUGUAAAAGCAGCCCCAAAGAUUACCGACACAGGAGGAGGCUUCAUUCUAGAAGAGGAAGAAGAGGAACAAUGUACAAUUGGAAAAGUUGUCCAUCAACCAGGACCUGUUAUGGAAUUUGAUUAUGCGAUAUGUGAAGAAUGUGGUAAAGAAUUUAUGGAUUCUUACCUUAUGAACCACUUUGAUUUGGCAACUUGUGACAACUGCAGAGAUGCUGAUGAUAAACACAAGCUCAUAACUAAAACAGAAGCCAAACAAGACUACCUUCUGAAAGACUGUGAUUUAGAAAAAAGAGAACCAGCUCUUAAAUUCAUUGUGAAGAAGAAUCCUCAUCAUUCACAAUGGGGUGAUAUGAAACUCUACUUAAAAUUGCAGAUUGUGAAGCGGUCUCUUGAAGUUUGGGGCAGUCAGGAAGCAUUAGAAGAAGCAAAGGAAGUUCGACAAGAAAACCGAGAAAAAAUGAGACAGAAAAAGUUUGAUAAGAAAGUAAAAGUUAACAAGGAGCACCCUGUGUCAGAAGUUCUGUGUCAGAACUUCCUGCCGUCCCAUCAAGUGUUCAGAAACUUUGGUCUCCUUCAUCUAGUUCUGUUGUGCGUUUACCUCAAAAGCAGCAUUGGGCCUCUUCGAAUACAUGCUGCCUCUUGUACAAAAUUAAGAUAUUAAGCCAAAUAAAAUUAGUUUUAGAGUGGCAUAAACUAAAUUUUUCAAUGAAACAAGGAUUUAAGGGAAAACUUCUUUGGGUAAAAAGUAUAAGCAAUCUCUGAAGAUAUCCAUAGUAAGACACUUGUAAAUGUCCAAGAGAGGUAGCCAUAGCUUUCUGUGCUGUGAGCUUCUAGGCCGGUGGGACUAGGAGGUUGCAACACGGAUACCCGCUGUGUUGUUCUGCAGCUCAGCUGGGCUUUCUGGGCUGUGUGGCACAUUUCCUCCUCCCCACCCGCAAGGUUUCCUUAGAUCUCCCCAGGGCUAGUGAAUCUUUCCCACUCUUGGAGGCUCUGACCUUUCUGCCUCCCUCUUCUCACUCAGCAGUAGGUGGUGACCUCUGCUUUCCAAAGUUUUAAGUUGCUUAAAUGAAGUAACAUAAACUUAUUAAUCUUUAAUUAAAAACAUUUUAAUUUCACCAGAUGUUGACAUUUUGCCACAUAGGUUUACACACACAUACACACACACACACUGCUGAACCAUUUAAGAGUUUUCUUGCAGACAUUGUGGUUUUUAAUAUUUCAGCAUGUCAUCUCCUGUAAACAAUGACGUUCUAUGUAACUGAAAACAGUGUCACAGUAAGUUUAAUAUUCAUAAAAUGCUAUUGUCUAGUAUGUAAUCUUUUCCCAGUUGUUCUAAUGUCUUUCACAGUGUUUUAGUUGUUGGAACAAAGGGGGCCGGUCAAGGGUGAUGCCUGUGUGUACUCUUUUAGGUCCUCACCUGUUUUAUCUUUCAUGACAUUGACAUUUUUAAAGAGUCCGCCACCUUUUUUUUGCAGAAUGUCCUUCUAUUUAGAUUUAUUAGGAAUAAUUAGGAAGGAAUGCUUCCUAGGUGAUGUGUCCGAGUGUGUCACAUCCGGAAGACACGCUAGACCAGUUCUCUAAGAGAGUGAUACUCCGUUUGAUUGCGCGGUUAAGGCGGCAUCUGCUAGAUUUCCCCACUGUCAAGGUACCCUUCCCCUUUGUAAUUCGUAGGAAAUCUUUGGGUUGGACUCUCCCAUACUGCGGGAACACCCCAUUCCUUAAGUCUCACUCAGGUUUUGGUACAACGGGGAUGAUUCUUGCCUGCGUUUGUUGUUACUAGGGUGGAUAUAAAUGGUGAUUUUCUAUUUCUGUUAUUCUUUCUGUAAUUCUUAUUUGGCUUCCUUUGGGAAGAAGACCUUUUUUAGUAUCAGUUGGCUUCAUGGAUUCUUACUUUCAAAUCAGUGUUACAGUCCAUAACUGAUGCAUUUUGAAGCUCAAAUGGUCUCAAAUUUGGUCUCUUCCAGCUAGCUCCUGACUUUUUAAGUUUCAUUUUGGAAUGGAGUUCAGACUUCCAUAAAAUUGCAAAGAUAAGUAUAGUUAAGGACACCCACGUAUCCUUUACCCAGAUUGAUAAUAUUGUUGGGGCGCCUGGGUGGCUCAGUCGAUUAAGCGUCUGACUUUAGCUCAGGUCAUGAUCUCACGGUUCAUGAGUUCGAGCCCUGCAUCGGGCUCUGUGUUGACAACUCAGAGCCUGGAGCCUGCUUCAGAUUCUGUGUCUCCCUCUCUCUCUGCCCCUCCCCUGUUCACACUUUUGUCUCUCUCAAAAAUAAAUAAACAUUAACAGAUCUAUUGUUAAUGUGCCAUUUGUACUCUGCACACAACACACACUCUUUUUGGAACCAUUUAAGAGUGGGUUGUACAUCUUUACCCUUUACCCUAGUACUGCAGCGUGUGUUUCCUAAAAAUAGCAGUGUUCUCUUACAAAACCAAAGUACAGUAGUGAUAUUUUGAUCUAAUCUGUCAUCCAUAUUCUAGCUUUGUUUGUUUACCCAGUAAUGUCCUGUGUAGUUUUUCAUUAUAGUACAGGAUCCAGUCUAGAAUCAGGCAUUGACUUGAGGUACCAAGUCUUUCUAAAUUUCUUUAUUAUGGAAUAUUUCCACAGCCUCUCAGACAUUUUUGAAGAAGUCUGUUCCCUUCCCCACCUUGCCUUUUUAGAAAUGUUUUUCAUUUGGGGCUUUUCUGAUGUUUCCCAAUGGUUAGAUUCAGGUUAUGCGUUUCAGGCUGGAGAUAGUACAUAGGUAGCAGCACAUCUAGGGACAGAUGUCCAUCUGCCCUUGAUAAGCAAAAAAAAAAAAAAAAAAAAAAAAGUUAAGAGCAAACAGAUACCCUUCUCCUUAAUACCUCCUUGGAGAUUUAGCAGCCAUUCAUGGAUGGUUCUUGCCUGAAGCAGUCUUCAGUAUACUCUUUGCAAAAAUUUUCUAAUUUCACUGCUCUCUUCACAGUUAACCAGUCAGAAGUCCACAUUCCACAGCAUCCCUUCUGCCAUUUAUUAUUAUAUGGAUUCAUGAAUUCCUGUCCUUAUUUGUCUCCGGUUUGGGCCAGUAGGAGUCUCUUUAAGCUAGCUCCUGUGUCCUUUUGCCAUGUCUAAUCAUUUGUUGAAGGUUUCUUUCUAGCACAAAACACGUGAAUAUAUUUUUAUGUCUGCCCAUAUAUAUUAUAAAUUAACACUGAGUUCACACUGCUAUAGCCAGUUCUAAUCCAGAAUGCUAGGGUUCAUUCUAGUUUUCUUCUUUGUAACUCCCUUCUCUGACAGUGAGAACCUGAUUCCCAUUAUCCUUAAUGUGGUUAUCUGACCGACACCCGUUUGUGUGCUGCCUCCACUGUAGGGAGAUCCUCCUUCCCUUUCUUGGGCUCCCUCUGCCCUACCACAGAUGCCUGCCUGCCUGCCUGCCUUGCUUCACUGAAUGGUUGUUCAGGAAGUGAAAGAAGGCAAAAAAAUGAUAAACGUAUCAGUAUUUUAGUACUUAUUUUCUAGUCCAUUUUUCCAGGAAUGUCUAGUAAAUACUAAAGAUUUACCUUCGUUUCUUGUCAUUGUUCUUGAUCGACUAGCUGAAGGAUGGGAAGAAAAAGCCGUAAAGUCAGUAAAAACCUGUGUUCAAUUAUGACCAAUUAUGGUCAGUAAACUAGAUUUUGUUGUAAGUAUUCUUUUAGCAUUAAGCAAAUAUUUUUCUUAUUUAUCUUCUGGAGUUCAUGUAAUGCUCAAAGCAGGUAGAGGUUAGCUUAGUAGUGACUGAGACUGGGUCAGAUUUAGAGUGUGUUUUCUCAGUGGAGUAGUAGAGGAAAAGUGGCUAGGUAGGAUACCUUUUAUCAGAACAAAGUUGAAAAGUAGUUAUUAGAAUUCAAACAGGAGACCUCUUCCUGUCAUUAUCUGAAGCCAGGAGGCAUCUGUGCUGGUCAGCACAUGAUUUCACUUUGUAUUUAGAAAAUGUCCUAAGGUAAAAUAAUAAAAGGAUAGGGCAUUCCAGAUACAUCUAGAAAAAUUUGCAUUCUUCAGAGAGAGAGAGAAUAUAGGAAGAAAGAUUGUUUGGAUGAACACAAUUUUCCCCAUAGUUUGGAAAGUGUCUAGAGGUGUAUACACGGAAGCUUGACAAUAAUGGUGUGAGAUAAAGUGCUUCUCAUACUGGAGGUGUGAAAGGCAGCACAGCUUUAGUGGUUAAUAACACAAAGACACCUUUGCCAUUGACUAGUGGUUUGACCUUAGGCACAACAUAUGUAACUUCUUUGGGCCUCAGUUUUCUCAGCUGUUGAAACUGGGAUGAUAGUUUACUUAUCUCAGAGGGUUGUGAGGAUUCACUGUGUUUAUAGAUUCAGUGCUUAGAACAGUGCCUGAUAUAUAGUCCUAUGUUUGCUUAUCCUUCUGACGCAGUGAAGGGCAAAUUACAAAGAUGCAAGUAUUUAGAUACUGCUUAUCAUAAAUCUGAAAGGGAUUAAAGAAAAUGUGUGAUUACUUGGUGUCCAGUGAUUUUCUAUGGUUGAGAUUGUGUAACCUACUCUUUCUUAGGUAGUGCCCCUGUCAACAACAGUGCUGGGCUUGAUUGAUCACUGGUCAGAACAGAAUAAUGUAAACCGUGUUGCUUAUUAUUCAUUAAUUUGGAAACUGAGAAGUUACUAGCUUAAUUUUCAGUUAAUAGUAAGCAUUUGGUGUCUUCAGGUAAUGCAGUGUGAACUUUUAAAAUGUAAUUUGGCUUAGUUGCUUUCAAAGCAUCCAGCAGUUUUUUUUAAAUGAUGUUUUCACACGAUGCAGUGGGAAACAUUCUAAACACUGGAAUAAAGGACUUGGAUUCAUAUGCUAUCUUUGUUCUCUUUCCCUACCUGCAAAAAAAUAAAGUGAAAUAAAAUAAAAACUAUGGUUCUUUCCA